GUGACGUUGUCGUGGCGGACCAUUGAUCGGAGCGAGCGAGGCUAACCGGAGCUGCUAAAGUGUUUAUAUUGAUGAGUUCCGGAUGUCUGCCGGGAUCAGUUUAACGACGGAGCGACGGCGGCCUGCAGGAGAAGACAUUUGUUCACUGGAGACUAAAUGUUUGAGGCUCGACGCAGAGAGUGACGUCUCCAGGCGGGACAGGAAGUCUCGCACAGGAAAUCUGACUGAGGAUGGGCAGGAUGAAGAGAGAACACCUGGCUCAGUUACCAUGGAGACCAGCGAUUACAGCGAUGAUGAGCUGGGAAGACUGGACAUUGACCUGGACAGGAAAUCCAAACAGCAUAACCUGACCUCAAGCAACGUUCGCGCCAUUCUGCAUGAGGUGAUUACCCAUGAGCGUGUUGUGGCCAUGAUGAAAGCGACUAUUAGGGACACUCAGGACCUGCCCAUGUUUGAGCCAAAGAUGACUCGGUCCAGGCUGAGACAGGUUAUCCAGCAGGGCCAGUCAGUGGACUGGAGUCUCUCUGGGCUGGACUCAGAAACAACCAAGCUUCCUCAGUUUGUUGAUAUCGAGUUGGAGGACGAUGAAGACUCUUCAGAUGAGGAGUACUGUCCUGAUGAGGAUGAGGAGGAGGACACUGCAGAGGAGACUUUUUUCAGUGAUGGAGACAGCUUGACUUCCCCUCCCAGAGCUCAACUACACCUACAGGACCAGUUGAGGAUCUCCUCCCACACCCCUGAGAUCCGUCUCGCUGUUCCUGACUCUUCUUUUCUGGAGAGACUGAACGCGGUAGAGCAGGAACUGGACUCCAGUCCCACCUACACCUACAAUCAGUCUCUGGAAGGUAAAAAUGAUGAUGACAUUGAUGAUGAUGGUGGUGGUGACGAUGCCGGUUGCCACGGUGAUAAAGGAAGUUUGGCAUACCGCACACGCUCCAAACUACGUUUGGUUAAUGUUCCACUGGGUCAGCUGGAGGCGGAGCUUCUAGCCCCUGACAUCACUGCUGACAUGUAUGAGCAGGGUCGUGCCCAGCGAAAGGAGGACCGCCAUUGGACGAGGUGGCUGCAGGGUCUGAUGGGGCCUGAUAAUGAAGAGGAUGCUGAUGACGAAGAUGACCCCGAGUAUAACUUCCUGGAAGACAUGGAUGAGCCGGAUGUGGAGGACUACAGGACAGACCGCGGUGUUCAGAUCACCAAGAAGGAGGUGAACGAGCUGCUGGACGAGCUCUUUGAUACGCUCCAGGACGACCAAUCAGAGGAGCAGGAGGCGGAGUCUGACCCCAUACAGACUGGAACCAACUUUAAUGUUCCCAAAGCUUUAAGAUUCGAAGCACCGUUAGCUAGCAUGCUAACAGAGCGUCGGCGAGUGGUCAGACAGCAGUAUGAAGCCGUACAGCAGAAGAGGGCACUGCAGGACACAACCAACCAGCAACGCCAUAGCACUCACCUGAACAGCACACCUGCCCCACAGUCAAGCACCUUCACCCCCCUCCUGAUGGUCAGACACACAAGCCCCGCCCUCCAUCUAAAUGCGACCCAGAAACUACAGCUGCAGCAGCAAGUACAACAGCACGUCCAACUGCUGACUCAGAUUCACUUGCUGGCUCGCCGUGUUGACGCUCUUCACCAUGAAACCUCCAUCACUAAACAUUACCUGGAGGAGCUGCAGCAGUUCGCACGGCGUCAGGAGGAAUUCAGUCGGUCCAGCAGUUUUAGAGUGUGUAACUUGAAGGGGGCGCUGGAUCUCCUGCAGGAUGCGGAGCACAGACUGGUUCCUCCUCCUGCUCCUCCCGCUCCUGCUUCGUCCAAACGCUGGCUGCCAGCCAUGACUCAGUCUACCAACAGUCUGGCCUUCCCUCUGCUGCCUGCUGACCUUGCCUGGAUUUUUGCCACCCGGCCCGUGUUCCUCUACCCAGAACUACUUCCUAUUUCCAGCCUGGAUGCUGCGAGCUCUAGACAGCAGAGAAAUGUCUAUACAGCAGGAGAGGAUGGACUCAUCGUGCUUGCUCUGAAACACUUCGAAGGAACUGUGGAGCCUGAUCAGCUGAUCAGUUCUUACCUCAUCCGUAAGACCAGGUGGAACUUCCGGAAACACGUCAGAGAGAUGAGCGGAGCCAGAGCGCCACCAAACAACAUAAUCAAGGUGUUCCUGACCCAGAAGGUCAUCCCCCCCCUGCCACUGGCAUGCUGCCGAAUUCUGCCAGACGACCAGCGCCCCCCAGUGGACAGGGACAUCUCCAACAUGCCAAACUGGCUCAAGAACAGUCAAUUGAUCAUCCAGAAGACUCGACUUGACUCUGCCUCUUACCCACCAUCCCUCCCACCAGGUGUCACACUUCGGCUUCACCCCUACUGGCUCAGCAAAUCCCGCCUCCAAGCCCCCCAGCACAAACGUAUUUUUAAAUUGGCCCACAAUGCAUCACUGCCUCCCCUUGCUAAAGCUCCAGUAGACAGACAGGUAGAACUUAUGGCCCCGCCCCUCUCCAAAGCUCUAGUAGAUGGACAGGUAGACCUUUUGGCCCCGCCCCUUGCCAAAUCACCAAAAGACAGACAGGUAAACCUUAUGGCCCCAUCUCCUCCAGGUGUUUCAGAACCUCCAGUUGUUCCUUACUCUGAAGCAGCUGUGCCCUUGGCUGCUGUUAAUUCAGGCUCUGCCCACAUUACUACUUCUUCUAUCCCUUUUGGACAGAGACUGCAGCAGAGUAGCUCUACCCCCCUAUUGCUCCCCCUCCCUCCUCUUACCUACACUGACACUACAAAUCCCAUGAUGCCCUGCUCUACUGCUGCUCUACAGCCUGGGUACAUCCUGAUGGUGUGGACGCCGCCCACUGCUUACUCUUUACCUGCUGCUACUCCCGCUGUUCACCUUGAGCACGCUGUGACACGGAAGGAGCCAAUCAUAGAGGAGCAGGAGGAGACAUUAGCUAGACUUCCUACUACACCAGAGGAGGGAAUUGCAAGACAGGAAAGUCCUCCUCCUCCACCACCAGAGGAGAGACUGUACGGAGAGGAAAGGCCUCCUCCCUCACCAGAGGGACCAGACAGACAGGAAAGACCACCUCCUUCUCCUCCAUCAGUGGAGAGACCAGACGGACAGGAAGGACCUCCUUCACCACCAGAGGACGGAUCGACUUUAAAACUGGUUCCAAAGAAAUCCUAUGAGGUUCAGAACGGGGGGAGGCAAGAGGAUGAAAGGGAGGAGGACGGGGGAGAGGGAAGAGAGGAAGAUGGAGGAGGAGAGCAGGAGGAGAACAGAGGAGAAGAGCGAGAGGAGCGGGAGGAGGACGGAGGAGGGGAGCAGGAGGAGGAUGGAGGAGGAGAGCAAGAUGAGGACGGAGGAGGGGAGCGGGAGGAUGACGGAGAGAAGGAUGAAGAUCAGCAGGGGGAUGAAGAGGAGGAGGAGGACUUUGAUGACCUCACACAGGAUGAAGACGAAGAGGAAGUGAUGUCAUCAGCAUCAGAGGAGUCUGUGCUGUCUGUGCCUGAGUUACAGGAGACGAUGAAGCAGCUGACUUGGCUGGCGGCGGAGCAGCGUCUCUGUGCAGACGGAGACUCAGAGGAGGAUCACUCUCCGACCUCCCCUGGCUCUCAGGAAGAGGAGGAAGAAGAGGAGGAGGAGGGGCCUAAAUGCGAGGAGUCGGGCAAUGGACGGAGGUCAAAGGAGGCUGGAGAGGAAGAUGCGCGGGGUGAGGGAACGCAACGAGGGGGAGGAGGCCGGCGAGGGCGAGGGAGGAGUCGACCUCUCCGAGGUCUGAGAAGGAGUCGUCAGGAACGCCACAGCGUCGACACCGCCAAGCUGUUACUGCUGUACGACGAACACAUCCUGGACAACGACCCGCACCGAGAGAGCAAAGAUGCUGCCUUCGCACAGAGCUACCUCAACAGGGUGCGUGAGGCGCUGCAGGAUUUACCUGGACAGGUGGGGCAGUUUGUGUCCCUGCUGAGUGAGUUCGAGCAGGCGCGAGGACAGGAAGUGGUAAUGUUGUUCCGGAAGCUGCGAUGCAUCCUGGGAGACCACACAGACCUCCUCCGGGACUUCGCUGCUUUCCUCCAACCAGAGCAGGCGUUGCUGUGUGGUCUGUUUGAGGAGCAGCAGGCGUUCGAACGAAGCCGCCGCUUCCUGCGACAGUUAGAGAUCAGCUUUGGAGAAAAUCCAUCACACUAUCAAAAAAUCAUCAAAGCCCUGCAGACGGGACCGGACCUGAGCCCUAGCAGCAUCCAAGAGCUGAAGUCUCAGAUGGCAAUGCUGCUCAAAGGCCACACCCUCCUACAAAAUGAAUUCUGGGUAUUUUUUGAGGAGCUACGACCACCCCCCGCCCACCCAGGCCAGUUUGAAGAGGCUCAUUGGCCAGACGAAGGAGGGGGUGGGGUAGAAGGUACAGAGGGAUUUGGCCAGGUGUCUGGAGGCAGGGCCAGCGGCGGCUUUGAGGAAGUGACGCUCCCAGAGCUUGAAGAGGAAGAGGAGGGGCAGAAGGUGCCACCAAUCACAAGUCGACGCCAGAGGAGAAAGAUGGCCGCCCACAGAAACUACAAGGACUGUGAUUGGUUGGAGAAAGACUGGGCGUGUCUCUGUCCGGACUCAAAGAUCCGCCGGCACAGGAGGAAAGGAUGCUCUCGUUGCCAUGGAAACAAGAUGUCAGGGGGUGUGUCCAAGGCCAUGAAGAGUCUGGAUCCUCUGUAUGCCCAGAUAAGCUCCGCCCACCAACAGUCAGGGGACAGAGAGCCAAAAGGGGACAGUCCUAAGCCAGAUCGCAGCAAUGCAUCAUGGGAAGGCUCCUACAGCCAGACUGGAGAGAAAGAGGAGGAGCUUGAGGAGGAGCUGGAUGAGGAGGAGGAUGACGAUGAAGAAGAGGAGAGUAGAAGAAGCGAAAAGGAGCAGAGUCCGACGGUGAAGAGGAGGAGGGUCGAUGAGACACUGACAAGCUCUGCCUCCUCUGCCAUCAUCAUAACCUCUGCCAUCUGCAGCUCCUCCUCCUUUACCUCCAUCAUCUCAACCACAACCUCUACCUCCUCUACAGUUGCCUCGUCCACCACCACCACCUCUUCCUCCCCCAUCUCCUCCACCACUCCCUCUAAUCCCCCCUCCUCCACCAAUCUACCCUCCUUAACCUCUCCUUCUAAUCCCCCCUCCUCCACCAAUCUACCCUCCUUAACCUCUCCUUCUAAUCCCCCCUCCUCCACCAAUCUCCCCACCUCCAUCUCUCCUUCUAAUCCUGCCUCCUCCACCAAUCUCCCCUCCUCCACCUCUCCUUCUAAUCCUGCCUCCUCCACCAGUCUACCCUCCUUCGCCUCUCCUUCUAAUCCCCCCUCCUCCACCAAUCUCCCCACCUCCAACUCUCCUUCUAAUCCUGCCUCCUCCACCAAUCUCCCCUCCUCCACCUCUCCUUCUAACCCCGCCUCCUCCACCAAUCUCCUCUCCUCCACCUCUCCUUCUAAACCUGCCUCCUCCACCAAUCUCCCUUCCUCCAUCUCUCCUUCUAAUCCUGCCUCCUCCACCAAUCUCCCCUCCUCCACUUCUCCUUCUACUCCUGCGUCCCCCACCAGUCUACCCUCCUCUAAUCCUGCCUCCUCCAUCUCUCCCUCUAAUUCUGCCUCCUCCACCUCUCCUUCUAAUCCUCCCUCCUCCACCUCUCCUUCUAAUCCUCCCUCCUCCACCUCUCCUUCUAAUCCUCCCUCCUCCACCUCUCCCUCUCAUCUCCCCUCUUCCGCCCUCUCCCCCUCCCCCGGUGCUACUCCUCGCCCUAGCGCUCCUCCUGAGCUUGCCGUCUGUGCCCAGAACAUUUCUCUGACGGCGAGUGGAGAGAAAGUCAUCCUGUGGACCAGAGAAGCUGAUAGAGUCAUUUUAACGACGUGUCAGCAGGAAGGAGCCAAUCAGAACACAUUUCAGGCCAUCUCUACUCUUCUCGGCAACAAGACUCCCAGCGAGGUUGCUCGCCGUUUUCAGGACUUGAUGUGUUUGUUUCGAACAUCGGCUCGUCAGGUCAACCCAGAGGACGAGGCUCCGCCCACUGAACCAGAGGCCGAUGACAAGGACUGAUCUCAGCCAAUCAGGAGCAUCUGUGAACUUUGAAGAAAGGCCAACAUUCCUUGGACUUUUGUUGUAAAAAAACUAUAUGUAAAUGACCAGUUUUUCCUGUAAAUAAAGGUGUAUAAAUAUAAAUUAUUUAAUAUUUUCAUAAAUAAAAAGUUUUUGUUUUUUUAAA